AGCACACGCAGUAAGUUCCAUUCCGCAUAAAAUCCAAUAAAAAUCUUCAAUCAUCGGCGAAAAUACGCAUCAUUUCUGCGUACAAUCGCGAAUUAAUGAUAGUUUAACAUCUCACGCAACAAUCGAUGGCUCCCACACCUGCGAAGCCCGCUGCGGGCAAACCCGCCGAUAAAAAGGUGAAGACCGACAAAAAGAAGGCGCAGAUCCGCCCGCGGAAUCAAGACUUAGGUAACGGCAUUGUGCGCUUCUCACGCACUCGCAUGUACCACAAGAAGGCUCUGUGGAAGUUCAUGGGCAAGAAAGUCGACGCGCCCAAGAAGGAAGUGAAGGGAUCCACUGUUGAGAAGCAAAUUGGUGGUGAUAAAAAUGGUAAAACACGCAUGGUUGCCAUCAAGAAGCAUCGUGCUUUCUAUCCCACACUUGACAAGAUCAAGAAGCGCCCAGCUAAGGGUUUGUUCAAGCGACACAAGCGCGCAAUCCGCGAUACCCUUACCCCCGGCACAGUUCUCAUUGUUCUCGCCGGUCCACACAAGGGUAAACGUGUUGUCCUCUUGAAACAGCUCUACUCUGGUUUGUUGUUGAUCACCGGACCCUUCAAAGUGAACGGCUGCCCGCUGCGUCGCAUCAGCCAGCGUUACGUUAUUGGUACCGCCACCAAGUUGGACAUUUCCGGCGUGCAGCUGCCUGAGAACAUCAACGACGAGUACUUCCGUCGUGAGCGCAAGAAGCGCGCGAAGAAGGAGGAGGGUGAGAUCUUCGCCGCCAAGAAGGAGGCGUACAAGGCGAGCGAGCAGCGUAAGGCUGACCAGAAGGUGGUCGAUAAGGCGAUCAACGAGGUUAUCCGUAAACACCCCGAGAGGAAGCUGUUGUUCGGUUAUUUGGGCACCAUGUGGGGACUCAGGUCGUCGCAGUAUCCCCACCGGAUGAAGUUCUAGAGUUUUUAGACUAUUCAUUUAUAAGAAGACAGAAAAUGAUGAUGGGGGAAUAAAGCGAUCGCGGGUUUAUUAAAGAAUUGAGUUUUUUAAUAAAUCGUGCGACUAUUUCGUUCA